UUCUCUAGUUUAUCAGUGACUUAGAAAUACAUGAGUCUCCUGUGGAGUAUUAAGAAGGGCUUAACCUAUGCAUUGUAAAGACUUGUGCUAAUGAGGUUUGAAGCAAAGAAAAUCAGGUUACUUAUCUGUGCUGCUACUUUGCCACUGACCCUGACAAUUUAAUGGUGAUUUAUUAUUUCUGGCAUGCCUUCCAGGCCUGUUAGCAGAACACUCUAAGCAGAACUGCCCUGAAGUUUUUAGGAGUCCCUAGAGAACAGCACUGAGAGCCAUUACCCCACAUCCAUAUCAUGUAUCAGUCACAGACAGCAUGGAGAAACACUCCUGUAUCACUGUCUAACCUGCGCCUUUCUUUCAUUGCGAUUAUUUCCAUAGUACGGCAUUCAAAUCUGUGUUCUUUACCUUUCGCCAUGACACAUGGGCCAACCUCACACAUGUCCUACAGCAUUCUGGGCUUGACUUGGCAAGUUUCUGCUGAGCAUGCUAGUUCCGCGUUUGCUUUGUAAUCAAGCAUGUGUGGGUAGCCGAGUUCUUUUCAGGAGAGCUCUGCAUGUGCUUAAAGUACCUUAAAGAUGGAUGCUCCCAAAGAAGUUCAGCCUACAGGAGAGUUCACAUGUCAGCUAUGUAACUUAACAGCUCCAUACACAUACUAUGGGCAGAAGCCACCACACACACGCUUUAUUGUGCUUUUGGAAGAAAGCUACGUCAUGAAGGAUCCUUUCACCCCUGACAAGGACAAAUUCCUCAUCCUUGGGUCUCAUUGCAGUUUGUGUGGCAGAUCAGUGUGUGUUGGUACAGAAUGUAGUCUGUUCUACUCGAAGAGGUUCUGCCUCCCUUGUGUGAAUGAAAAUCUAAAAGCAUUUCCUUUGGAAAUACAAGAAGAUAUGGAUAAAAGGAAGCCCCAGGAAAAAUCCUCCUGCAAAAAAACGGAUACAAGAACGUAAAUACUGAACGACCAAGAGAGACAGUUCUUUGGCCAGUUCUCCUUUCUCCCUUUGGAGACUAUCAUGUUACUCCUUUUAAAGAAGUGACCUUCAUCAUCUCACUACUACAGAACACAGUUACACAUUUCCUUACAAUUGGCUUGGCUUCAAACAUUGUCAUGCAGCGAUUGCAGUGCCAGCAGUAUGGCCUGGAGGUGUUGAAGAGCCAGAAAGAAAGGCAGACAAGCCUGUUGUCAUCAUGCAAAGCGCAUGUAGUAAAAAACUGAACAGUGCAUAGGAUAGGAACCAUGUCCCAGUUUUCGUAUUUGUUAGUUUAAUGUUUUGUAUUGUUCUUGACACUCUUACAGUGUUAUGAAAAUCUGGGACAGAUUUAUCUGGCUUAAUUCAGUACACAUCCAAGAAUGUCAGUGUACACCAAUUGUUAACAUGACAGAGCUGUCCUGAUAAGAUUACAAUAAGCAUGGAAUUCAAAGCUUUAUUUUUAAGUCUAAAAUAAAAUAGUUACAAGAAAAUGUCACAGAUACCAAUAGCAAUAUGUAGACUCUUCAAGAUUAGAACAUCAAUACUAUCACAGCAUUAGAUUUCUGAAAGUAGGUGCUCUUGUAAUAGAAUACCAGUAUAAUAAUAAAAGAAAAGAAAGAUACAAGUUGCUUGCAGCUGCAGUAAUUUUCCCCUCAAUCUUCUAAGCCCACAUAAAUACAGCAACAGGAGAGGAUCCGUAAUAUACCUGGUUUAUACUUUACAAGUGAAGAUGACUUCCUUUUCA